UUUCAGGCAUUUCAUUGCAUUUCCAAUCUUAAUCGCUGCUGGCUGCUGGAAUGGCCUGAAAGCAUGCCGCCGAAAGUAGCAGCUGGAAGGCCUUGCGAAGAGUGCGAUGGAAGUGGAGAAGUGGUCCAGACUCGUCGAAGAGAGUGCCACAACUGCGAUGGCACCGGUGCUUGCGCAGCAGGUCGGGGCAACAAGUUCGUUUGUCCUCUUUGCAAUGGUGAAGGCCAUGAGGUCAUGCGUGAUCGUGUCAAAUGCCCUGAGUGCAAAGGGGCUGGACGCAGAAUCUCCAAGGGCCGCGAGGAAGCUCCACAAGUGCUGGGCAGAAGUCAGGAAGAAGCUGAAAAGAAGGCAGCUGUUGCGCCUCCGGCUCAUACAGUAAGGACUUCUGUGGGAAGUGGCCGCGGAGUGAGCGAUGAACCUCAAUCAGAGGAAGAAGGCGAUGAAGAGGACCCAAAGCCCAAAAAGCCGCAGAGUCAAAAGAAAGUUCCGAAAGAAAAAGCUACACCAAAGAAAGACUAUGAGGGAGCUGAAGUCCAAGAAGGCAUUUGGUGGGAGCCUGGUGUGGGCUUGGUGAUCCGCACGACUUUGGGCCCUACUUCGUUGAUGAAUGGUAUAGGGAUCUUGAUCGCAUUGAUUGGUCUCAUCCUCCUCUUGGCUGAUAGCCCUGUUGCCUAUGUGGUCGGCAUACUAUUCCUGAUCACUGCGAUCAGCAUGUUGGCUUUGGCCAAUAAAGACAGAUGCAAGAAGCUUCUGACCAGAGACUCCUCUGAUUCCAAAUGAGCUCGUGUGGCAGUUCACGCCCGUUCCAAACGCCUAGACUCAGACAGCAACACGGGCAUCCCACGGGCAACAUGGUAUGUUGGCGCAUGUUGGCGCUCUCUUCUCCAGCGAACAUGGCGGCAGAUGAUCGGCGUGCUGUGGCGAUGCCAAGUCGUAGCUUUAGGAGUGCGAUUCCGAAUGGUCGGAACGGUUUGUGACAAAGUGGAGGAGUCCCCCAAAUCGUGGAAGGGAUGUGGAUGAUGUGAAUGCCAGCAAUUUGUCCGAUAGCCAGGUGUGAUUGUCUCCUCUUUUGAGACAGACCCAGUCAUGGAACGGUCCUUUGCGCCGAAGAGCGCUGAUUCAAGGCUUUCCGUCCGCUUCCAUUUUGCAUUUGUGCAAAAUGGAUCAACUAGGGGUUGCUUGAGCUCCAAAAUGCUCC